AUGGCUGGUGGCGGCCGUAAACCCGCCGCUCCGCGUACAAACUCCGAGGCACCGCACAGCACCGCUCUGCGCCGCUCCACGCGGGCAGCAGCAGCAGCUUCCGCCGCGGCCGCUCGUUCCGGCGACGACCCAGCCGCUGACGACGCCGCGAUUGACGCUGCGACUGGCGGGAAAAACGCGGAGGCGGAAGCCGCGGGGAAAGGGCGUGCGGGGAAAGCGGGGGUCAAGCGCGCGAGAGAGGUACCCAGCGGGAGCGGGAAGGGGGAAGCGGGGAAGGGCGCGGUUGGGGGAGGUUGGACGGGGGGGAGGGCGCGGUCACUGGGAAGAGGGGGAGCGGCAGCAGGGGGGAAAGGGAAAAGGGGGAAAGCCGCAGCACUGAGCGAAGAAGAAGAGGAGGAGGAAGAGGAGGAGACGGAGGAGGAAGAGGAGGAGGAUGAAGAGGAGGAGGAGGAGGAAGAGGAGAAGGGGAAGAAGAAAGGGAGAAAGAGGGGAGUACCCGCGGGCCCACGUGGUCAGCAGGCUAAGGGGAGCAAGCCAGUAGAAUUGGGACACGUGGAGUCACAAGAGCCAGAGUCGCAACCAGAAUCACAGCCGUUGGAGUCACAGGAAGAAAAAGAGGAGGGCAGGGAGGGAAAAGAAACCGUUCCCGAAGGGCAGGUGAAAAAAGGCCGGGGUGGGGAAGGGGAGGGGGACGGGGAGGGGAGUGGGGGGAAGGGUACAGAGAAGGGGAAGGGGAAGAAGAAAGGGGGAAGGGGAGCAGGUAAGGGGAAGGCGGGCGGAGGGGAGGAGGGGGAAUCGCAGGAUCCAGCUGGCGAGUCGCAAGAUCAUACGGCAACUGUGGACGCUGACGUGGCGGCUGACGUGUCUGCUGACGUGGCGGCUGAGGCGACCGUGCUGUGUCGAUUGGCCGAGAGGGAGCGUGCUGACGUGGUGUGCCUGCAGGAGACGAAGCUGCAGGAGAAGGACGUGGGGGAGAUUCAGAAGGCUCUGUCUCCCACGUUCCCGCAUUCCUAUUGGAGCUGUAGCACAGCUAAGCUUGGAUACUCCGGCACGGCAGUGCUGUCUAAGGUGCCUCCUCUCUCGGUGCGCUAUGGCAUCAACAAGCCAGAGCACGACAAGGAGGGGCGAGUGGUGACGGUUGAAUUUGCCCCCUUCUUCCUCGUCUGCUGCUACACCCCCAACUCUUCUGAGAAGCUAGUCCGGCUGGACUAUCGCACCAAGGAGUGGGACGUCGAUUUUGGCAGCUACGUCAAGGAACUGGAGCAGCAGAAGCCCGUGAUUGUCACCGGAGACCUCAACUGUGCGUUCGGGGAGAUUGAUAUUUUCCACCCCGAGGGCAACCGCAGGAGCUCGGGGUUUACCGAUGAGGAGCGGGCGUCGUUUGCCGCUAACCUGCUGGGCGUGCCCUGGGAAGGGGAAGAGGAGGGGGAGAAGGGGAAAGGGGGAGAGGGAGGAGAGGGAGGAGAGAAGGGUGAGAAUGGAAGUGGAGGGAAGAAGGGGGGAGGGGAGGGGAAAGGGGAGGGUGGAGAUGAGGGUGGGAGAGGGGAGGAACGUGGGUUGGUGGAUACGUUUCGGCAGCAGCAUCCCAAUGCCGUGGCGUAUACUUACUGGGGUUACCGGUCGAAAGCAAGACCUGCUAAUAGAGGAUGGCGUCUGGACUACUUCCUUGUAUCCCAGGCACUAGCAUCAAGAGUGCAUGACUCAUACACCAUGCCCGAUGUGCCUGGUAGCGACCAUUGUCCCCUGGGACUUGUGUUGAAGAUGUGA